AUUUAUAAUGAAUUUGAUGUGUACAUUUUUUCAGGAUUUAAUUGAUCUACUUAAUCCAUUUGGUGAUGUUCUAUCAUGUGUGAUUGAAAGAGAUGGCAAUGAAAUAAGCUUAGGAACAUCACUUAUCAGAAUGGAGAGCAGGACUGCCUGUGAAUGGAUAGUGAACACAUUUGCUGGUGAAGUUUACCCUGGAGCUAGUGAACCUAUGGUGUGUCGUUUCCUCACAGAGUAAUGAACGCAGAAAUGAAGUAUCACAUUAACGACAAAGUUGAAGAACUGCUCAUCUGCCAAUUCAAUCUCUUUUCCAUGUCGCAGCAGGUCUCAAAGAGAGUAAUACAACUGUGCUUAAUUCUUGCGUUUGUCGGGUCGUGUUUUGUAGUUUAUGAUCUCUUACUUGGAGUCUUAUUCGUUUCCUGUUUGUUUUUCCGUUAGUGGAUCCUCUUCGUGGUGUCUGGCCUUUGGAGCUGUAACAAUUUUUAUUUUUAAAUAUUUUUGUGUUAUCUAUUGCUAAGACCUAAGGUAUGAGGAUCACAAGACUUAACUACAGAGGAACUGAAAAACGUAGGCAUGCGUAGCAUGCGAGAGUUCUUUUUUUUCAUCGUUACACCCAAAAAGAACAUAACUUUCAAAAGAACGAAAAUAUCGCAGAAAGACAGAAAAAAACCUAACUUAUCUGAACUCACACAUAUAUUUUGUGGUCUAUUGUCUCUAUUAUCUAAAUACUUCUAAGUAAAAAUGAAAUGCAUCGGU